AUGAGUGGCUCAGUAUAUGGAGGAGAUGAGGUUAGCGGUCUUGUUUUUGACGCUGGAGCACAAACAUUUCGAGUUGGAUUUGCUGGAGAAGAAUUUCCAAAGGGCGACAUCCCAUCAUUCAUUGCAGUUCAAGAGCCGCUUCCCGACGCUGAUGUUGAAAUGAAGGAAAACAGCGAGUCAAAUACGUCGAAUGUUCAAGUUAAACGGGAAAAAAACUUCUUCAUCGGCACGACGAAACUGACUGUACCACGUGCAAGAACUACAAUUGAGAAUUUCAUGAAAGAUGGAAUGAUCGAAGAUUGGGAACUUUUUGAAAAGAUUCUGGAAUAUUCAUAUGAAAAUGUUCUGUAUAGUAAACCAGAGGAACAUCCAGCUCUGUUUACGGAAAGUGCUUGGAAUGAACGUGCAAAAAGAGAGAAAUUGACGGAACUCAUGUUUGAAAAAUUUCAAGUCCCUGCAUACUAUUUAUCGAAAAAUGUUGUUCUUUCGUGCUUCGCUCAAGGUCGAACUCAUGGAUUGAUGGUGGACAGCGGAGCUACACAAACUUCUGUGGUACCAGUUUAUGACGGUUAUGCUGUAGUUCACGCCGUCGUUAAAUGCCCAUUGGGGGGAGAUGUAAUUUGCCAACAGCUUGAACAUAUGCUAAACGAGCAAAAAAUUGAAGUUGUUCCUACUUAUAAAAUUGCAAGCAAAGAAAUUGUGAACGAGGGCGAAAAACCCAAAUGGGCGAUGAAGAAGAAUCUACCGGAAGUAACCGAAAGUUAUGACAAAUUCAUGAAGAAACAAAUUCUCGAGGAUAUGUCAGCAUCGAUACUUCAACUCUGUGAUCAAACAAUUGACUUGGAAUAUGCUGACAAACUACCGUCGACACCAUACGCAUUCCCAAAUGGAUUCCACAAAGAGUUUCUGGCUGAGCGAAUUAAGCUUCCGGAAUGUCUUUUCGACUUGAACUACCUUCGUGGAGAUAUUAAGAAAGAAGGACUUAUGAAUGUUGCACAUAUGGCAGCUAUGUCCGCAAAUAUGGCUGAUAUUGAUAUCCGACCGACUCUGUUCUCAAAUGUCACGGUUACUGGAGGAAACUCGUUGAUUCUCGGUUUUACAGAAAGAUUAAACCAUGCUCUUGCGAUGAAAUGCCCUCCUACUAUUAAAUUACGUGUGGCUGCUGCUCCGACUACCGCGGAAAGAAAGUUCGGAGCGUGGAUUGGUGGAUCAAUACUUGGAUCAUUGGGAACUUUUCAACAAAUGUGGGUCAGUAAAUCAGAAUAUGAAGAAACUGGAAAGAUGAUCGUCGACAAAAAAUGCCCAUAA